AUGUUUCUGGCUAUCAAUAACCAUGUGCGCUUGACAUGUGUCAAUACUGGUGCUUUUAAAAAUGUAAAUAGUGCGUCGCAACUACUGGAGUUCGACCGAAAUUUACAGUUUAUUACACGAUUUUUUUUUAAAUAAAAUAAAAUCACAAGAGUUUUAUUUGUUUGGUUCAUAAAAUAUUGACGUUUAAACAUGGAUUUGGCUCUGAAUAUAUCAACAUCAGCGAGUAGUAUCAAGCCGACUCAAAAAUUGAAAUUUCCCACAGUGGGAAAGAAAAAAAAGCAGAACACAGGUGGAUUUGACUUUAAUUUCGUGAAAAAUGAUAAAGUUAAAGCAGUUGUAGCUCGCAGACGACCGGUACAAGCAACAGUAGUCAAGAAAUCGGAAGCUGUCAAGUCAACAGCAGCAAAUUUGGCCUCAAAACCCGUAGAAAAAGCGGAAAAUAUUUCAAAAUCGACACAAAAAAAUUAUGUUACACCUCUGAAACCAACGCCGAAAAAGCCAAAUGAUGACGUCGAUGCUCUUUUGAACAUAGCUAAGGUAAAGAAGCCAGAGGAUGAAGUGUCGUUGAGUCUGAAUAUCGACACAAACGUCGAUUUGAGCACAUUUUCCGGUAAGAGAUUCGGGGAGAAGAAGAAGAAAUUGUCACGAAAUGAGCGCAAAGAGCGAGUGAUGCAGCGGAGAAUCGAGGAAGCUCGUGGUAAACAAGAUAAUAGAACGCCAUAUGCUGGUCCUAAACCGUCGAAUACUCCUCAUGAUGAAUCGAAUGUCACGCAAAAAACAUCAAUUGCGGUCCAAGGAGGAAAUUCGUCAAAGAAUCCAUUUGAGAGAAAGACCGAUAAACCGAAUAAACCGUUUAAGAAAGCAGAAAACAUCUUCAAAAACACUCCCGAUAUUCCAGUGGUUGGUCAACGAUUUGUGAAACCAUUGAAUGAAAUUGUUUUUACUGGUUUACCCAUGAGCUCAAUCGGCUUACAUCCUCAUUUGGUAAAAUCAUUGGCUGAUUUAUUCGGAAUAACUGAAUUGACAAGCGUACAACAACGAGCGGUUCCAGUCACGCUCGAAGGUCGUGACAUACUAGUACGAUCUCAAACUGGAUCUGGCAAAACAUUGGCCUAUGCACUUCCAAUAGUGCAACAACUUCAAGACAUCAAGCCGAAAAUCAGUCGAACAGACGGGAUCUAUGCCUUGGUCAUUGUUCCAACGCGUGAGCUGGCCAUUCAAACCCUUGAGGUGUUCAUCAAACUCCUGAAACCAUUCACGUGGAUUGUGCCAACCUACAUCACGGGAGGAGAAAAACGAAAAUCGGAAAAGGCUCGUCUUCGCAAAGGAGUUAACAUUUUGAUAGGAACACCCGGUCGAAUUUGUGACCAUCUACUGCACACCGAAUCAUUUAAAUUGGAUAAGGUAAAGAAUUUAGUUUUGGAUGAAGCCGAUCGACUGUACGAAUGUGGAUAUGAAAAAGAUGUCAAAGUUAUCGUUGAUGCAUUGAACAAACCACCCGAAUCGAAAAAUCCAUUUAAAGCGGCGGCUGAUGAUGAAGUGCAAGAAAAACCAAUAUCAAAUCUACAAACUUCAUUACUAUCAGCUACUCUAUCAACGGCCGUUCAUCAGCUGGCUGGACUAGCACUGAAAAAUCCUCUGUUCAUUGACACUUGUGAUCAAAAGAAUAUCGAACUACCGAAAACAAUCCCAAUCGCUGGAGACAGCCAGUCCGUCGAAGCUAUUGAGGAAAGUUUAGCCAAUGAAAAUAUUGUAAUUCCAGAGAAAGUUACACAAAAAUACAUUUUGGUGCCGCCAAAAUUACGUUUAGUCACUCUAACCGGAUUGAUUGCCAAGGAAACCAGCGAUGAGAAGAAAUCGUCGAAGAUUUUAGUAUUUUUGGCCACGGAGAAUUUAGUCGAUUAUCAUUAUGAUUUAAUGACCGAAACAUUGACGAAAAAAGUGGUCGACUCAGACGACGAGGACGAUGACAAUGAUGACGAUAAUAUGGCACUUCCGGACGGUGAAAGCGAUUUGGAAGAUGAUGAAGGAUUGUUGGAUAAAGUGCGAGCAAAAACCAAGAAGAAGUUCAAAGAACGACCAUUGCUGGCGGAUGUCAAGUUUUUCAAGCUCCAUGGAUCGUUGACGCAACACGAACGUAGUGCCAUUUUUAAAGCGUUCAAAGAGGCAAAAUCGGGUGUGCUCUUGACAACGGAUGUGACCGCACGUGGGAUCGAUGUGCCAGCGGUAGAUUUGGUGGUUCAGUUUUCAUCACCCCAUAAAUUGGCUGAUUACGUGCAUCGAGUUGGUCGCACAGCACGAGCUGGCCGCAGUGGAAACGCUAUACUAUUUCUAUGUCCAAACGAAGUGGAAUUCAUACGAACACUGGAAUCGAAACGGAUUAGAAUUGCUCAAGAUGACUACAAAACGUAUCUAAAAGGCGUUCAAGAUAAUAGCGAAUUAGUGACGGGAACGUUGGAAGAAAUGGCUUCUGAACUGCAGCGUAAAUUCGAGUCGCUCGUCGCCGACGACAAAGAAAUCUAUGAAAAGGCUUGUAAAGCAUUCGUGUCAUGGUUACGUUACAUAUCAUCGUUCCCAAAAGAUUUGCGACACAUUUUCAAUGUGAAAAAUGCGCACAUGGGUCAUUACGCAAAAAGUUUAGCGUUGCGCGAACCACCGAAAUCAUUUACAAAAGAGUUUAGCAAGCCAAAAGCGCCGUUACCACAGAAUCGAUUAACGUACACCGACAGAUCGACAACCAAAAAAUCGGAACGAGUAACUGAUUCAAAAACUGUGAAACAGAACGGAAUAAAACGGCCAGCGCCUGGUCUCGCCAAAUUCGUAUCGAAAUCAAUUAGUUUAUCAACAUCGGAAUUCGACAGUGGCUUGCCUCCGCUGAAAAAACGAAAGAAGUAACACGAUAAAUCACGGAAACUGCAUCGCUAACAACACAAAAAAACGUUUUCUCGUUAACGGAAACACCGCUUCAUUUAAACAAUUCGGUGAAAUUUGUAAUUGAUUUCGUAUUUUCCUUAACUCUAAUUCUUUAACUUUUUCAAUUGGUUGAUUUUUCAUUGUUAAAUGAAUAAAAUCCACAAAUAAUUCAUUGGAAAUUAUUGUGAGUCUGAUACAUAUAUUCGACUCGUUGAUGUGACGAGCACAAAAUGCAUGAAAUAAAUUGAUGUAAAAACAAA